UUAGAGCGGUGCACGCCGGGAGCAGGGUGUUGUUGUCGCAAGAGGCUGAAGCUGAGCUCCGCCAUUUUGUUCGGAGAAUAGGGUGAGGGGAAAGAAAGAGAAGAGUACUGGGUCGCCUGUCUAGGGUCGAGGAGCAGGCUGGCAAGUGUAGACAGAGGUAGGUGAGCAUUGUCGCUCACUUUGUGGUCUCGGGACUGGUCUCCCUUCUCGGGAUUCGCUUCGCCACGGCAGAAGAGCGGGGCGCCCGGCGGGGCGGGGGGGACACUCUGACAUCCGCCAGCAGCAAGGACAGCAGAGUGCUCCCGCUCCGGAGCAGACGGCGGAACAAAGGACGGAGGAUGGAACCAGAGAGAGGAGAGACAAGUAAAGAUGGUGAAGUCAAUGUUUUGGAUGACAUUUUAACUGAGGCUCCCGAUCAAGAUGAUGAGCUGUACAACCCUGAAAGUGAGCAGGAUGUUAAUGAAAAGAAAGGGUCCAAAAGAAAGAGCGAUCGAAUGGAAAUUCCUGAUACUAAAAGGCAAAAACAAUCCUCCCACAUCGCAAGACCUCCCCCACAAAGGCUGUCCAGUGGCACAAAGAGAGUUGUUAGCACCAAAGGAAAACCGGUAUCGGAAUACAAGAAUGAUGACUUCUCUAGACAUGACAGGAGCAGAAGACCUGAAAGUGAUCGGAGAGUUCAUCCCUCUGGCAGCUCUGGACGCGAAGCAUAUAAAGGGUCACAGGAAAAAAACAGCAUAAGGAAACGAGAAACUGACAGGAGACCCAAAUCUGCCAGUCCCGUUCUGUCAUCUGAGAAAAUAAGACCUGAUUCAAGCAGACGACCAAGCAGGUCCAGUCGCUCAUCCGAUGGUAACUCUGAUGAAUACGGUUCAGAGAGGGACAGUGGUAGCAGCGAUUCUUCUGAUGAAGAACAAGGAAACAAUAGUGACAAUGAAGGAAUGGAAGAAGAGGAGGAUGAAGGGGAGGAAGCUGAAGAGGAGGAAGGUGAGGAAGAGGAGGAAGAGUAUGAACAAGAACACGAAAGAGACCAACGAGAAGGAAAUGAUUAUGAUACCCGUAGUGAGGCCAGCGACUCAGAAUCUGACUCUGCUUCAUUCUCGGACUCCAUUCGUUCCGGUUCUGGCUCUGACAUUUCAGGUUCAGCAAAGAAGCAUGAAAAAUUGCCCUCUUCCGUUCGUGAUGUUCGAAAAGAACGAAUCAACAAAAUUCGAUACAUUCUGCAGGAUGCACGUUUUUUCCUCAUAAAAAGCAACAAUCAUGAAAAUGUAUCAUUGGCUAAAGCAAAGGGUGUUUGGUCAACUUUACCAGUAAAUGAGAAAAAGCUCAACACGGCUUUUAGAUCUGCGCGGAGUGUUAUUUUGGUGUUCUCUGUUAGAGAAAGUGGAAAAUUUCAGGGAUUUGCACGGCUGUCUUCUGAAUCCCAUCAUGGUGGAUCACCCAUACACUGGGUCCUUCCAGCAGGCAUGAAUGCAAAGAUGCUUGGUGGAGUAUUCAAGAUAGAUUGGAUUUGCAGGCGAGAACUUCCAUUUACUAAAUCUGCUCAUCUUAAUAAUGCAUGGAAUGAAAUGAAGCCAGUGAAGAUUGGACGUGAUGGUCAGGAAAUUGAACCAGAAUGCGGGACCCAGCUUUGCCUUCUAUUUCCAGCGGAUGAAAGCAUCGACUUAUAUCAAGUCAUUCACAAAAUGAGACACAAGAGAAGAAUGCAAUCACAGCCCCGACCGCGAGGCCGUCCUUCUCGUCGUGAGACAACAAGAGAUGUGGGAAGGCGUCGACCAGAAGAAUAUGAUAUUCAUAACAACCGAAAGAAACCAAGAGUUGACUAUCCACAAGAGUUUCACCAGAGACCAGGGUUUGUUAAGGAUCCUCGUUUCCCAGAAGUAGACAGAAGAUUUACAGGAGUUCGCAGGGAUGUAUUUUUAAAUGGAUCCUACAACGAUUAUGUGAGAGAAUUUCAUAACAUGGGACCACCUACUCCAUGGCAAGGAAUGCCACCAUACCCUGCCAUGGAACAGCCGCCUCACCAUCCAUAUUAUCAGCACCAUGCUCCUCCUCCUCAAGCUCAUCCACAGUUUUCAGGUCACCAUCCAGGUCAACAUGACACUCGAUAUCGGGACAAACGAGUUCAUGACUAUGACAUGAGGGUGGAUGAUUUUCUGAGACGUACACAGGCUGUUGUCAGCGGUCGAAGAAGCCGCCCUAGAGAGCGGGAGCGAGAACGUGAACGAGAAAGGCCCCGGGACACCAGGAGAGACAGAGGUCGUGAACGCGAUAGAGACAGAGACAGAGAGAGAAUGCGUGACAGAGAUCGGGGAGACCGAGGAAGAUACCGAAGAUGAUUUCACUGCUUUCGUUAUGUGCACAUGGAAUAUUUGCUUUUUUUUCCUGGUCUCUUGUGUGUUUACAAAGUAGCAACAUUUCUGUUAAAGCAUUUUAAUUUAAAGAGUUAAAAUUAGCAAGUUUUUUGGCUUUAAUCCUAUGUUCGUGCACGUACUGUAUUAACUGGAUUAAGCUUAAUAUGGCUGAGACAGUGCACAUUGAUUUAUUGGAGGGAUCCUUUUCAGAGGGAAAAUUAUACAUACCUGUGUAAAUGUUUCUGUAUAUUUUCUUAAAAUAAGUUUCUUCUCUCCAUAUUCAGUGAGCUGUGCAUAAAAGCUGUGCAUAAAACUAUAAACACUUUAUUUAAAAAGUAAUGAAAGAUAAUUGGCACAUUACGAACUGCCGUUUAGUGUUUUUUUUUUUUUUUUUUGUCCCUUUUGCAUCCCCAACUUGCCUACAGUUGAUUCUGUGAAAACAAUGCUGCUAUAAAGUAUGCAAUUUUUUGAAGGCUAAACUAAAUGAACGUAAUACAAGUGGAUCUGAUGUUUCCCCCUCAUUACAAGAUUAUGAAAGCAAUACUUUUUACCCUAUUGCAGUUUUAAUAAUUUUGUUCACUUGUUUUUGAUUGGUGCUCCAUCUUUCAUGUCUGAUUUUCAGACUCUAAUGCGGAGUAGAGACUGUAUGUUGGUUGUAUGACCAUGUUGGCUAUUCUCUUAUUUUUUGUAUUAAAUUUAUAACUUGUAACUUAAUUUGUAACUGCAGUGGUUUCUUAUGCCAUUUGAUAGAUGUAUGGCUAAUCAUCCUUUGUUGCCCCCACAUCUUAUUUUGUGUAGUCUUAUACAUUAUACUGUGCCAUUUUUUUAUAAUAAAACCACUGUGGAAAUACAUUUGGAUCUUUGCUCCAGUGGAUCCCUUGA